AUAGAGUUAGAGGUUACCUUACUAGACAAACUUUAUAACUUUACCGACCUCUUUAAUAAGGAGAAAGCUAGUAGACUUCCCUUAUAUCGCGGUAUAGCUAAUCAUUAUAUCAAAUUAAAGGAAGGCCUAGAUAGAAAGAUCCCCGAACUUGUC